GGGAGUCCUCAUGGACUCUCCUUUUGGACCCCACCUCCUCCAGAUUCCUCCUCCUCCAGGCACCUCCUCCUACUCCAUAGUCCUCCAGCGAUUCCCACUGAUCCACUGGAAUCCGACCGGUCGGCCAAGAAAUGACCUGAGGCUUAAUUUAAUGGAGCAGCAAACGGAACCGAACUGACUGUUAAUGUGACCGGUUCUACAGGCCCGCAGACGGAGACGAUGAGAGCAUGAAGCGGCUGUGGCUGAUCGUCGUGUUUUUUCUGGGGAGUUUGUCGUGGAGCCGUGGGAGCGGUGUGCGGUUCACCAAGCAUCCGUCCAAUCAGACGGUGUCUCAGGGGAAUGCGGUGAGGCUGGGCUGCGCCGUGGAGGGCUUGACUGAACCGGACAUUAUGUGGAUGAAGGACGGAGAGAAGCUGUACAGCACCGACCAGGUCUUCCUCAUUCUGGGAGAACAGCACUGGGAGACGUCACACAGUGUGAAGUCAGUCCAGCAACAGGAUGCGGGUCAGUACUGGUGUGAGGUGGAGUUCCAUGGAUUGACGUUCUCUUCUGAGCAGGCUUGGAUCACAGUGGAAGGAGUCCCUCACUUCAUCCAGGAGCCCCAGGAUGUGGCCAUAUUUCCGAACUCUCCCUUCAAUCUCUCCUGUGCUGCUGUUGGCCCCCCCGGUCCUGUAGAGGUCCUCUGGUGGCUGGGAGGGGUCCAGGAGGGAGAACCCCAACCGUCUCCGUCUGUUCUCCAUGUCCCAGGUGUGAACAACACUGUGAAGUUUUACUGUGAAGCUAAGAAUGCUAGAGGGAUCUCUGUGUCCAGAACCGGGACAGUUCACAUUAAAGUGUUACCUGGGCCUCCAGUUGACCUACAUGUCCACAGCAUGAUGGACAACAAUGUCACAUUGUCAUGGAAACCAGGUUUCACAGGUCACUCUGAGCUUUCCAGGUGUAUCAUUCAGGUGAUGAGACGCUCACUCCGCAGGUGGGAACUCCCUCAGCAGGAGGUGCCUGUUCCUCCAUACCUCCAUGUUCUGUCUGGUCUGAGGAGCCAUUCCAACUACAGUGUGAGGGUGUCCUGUGUAAACGAAGUGGGGGGGUCCCCUUUCUCCCCCUGGCUCUACUUCCUCACACCUGAGUCAGUGCCCUCUGCUGCCCCCAGGAACCUGACCUUUCAGCUGUCAGAUGAGCAGCUGUCUUUGAACUGGGCCAUGCUCCAGGAGGGGGAGCUGCAGGGGAAGCUGCUGGCCUACAAGCUGCAGUGGACUCUGGGAGGAGAGGCUCAGGAGCCGCUGCUGUUUAAGGAGAACUCAGCUCACUUCUCAAGGGGAGCUCGCUUCUUCAAUGCCUCCAUGCAGGUGUCGGCCUGCACCUCAGUGGGCUGUGGACCCUGGAGCCCCCCAGUUCUGGUGCUGCCCGCCACAGCUCAGGUCCAGGUCCAGCGGAGCCACAUGUGGGUUGGGGUGCUGCUUGGCCUGCUGGUGGCCACCGUGGUUGGCCUGCUGCUGACCGUUGUCGCUCAGCGUCGAGGAAAAGAGACGCAAUUUGGGUCGGCCUUUAAAGACCCGGGUCCUCAGAGUCUGGUCUUCUUCACAGCUGCUCGGUCCUUCAGCAGAACUGCCACAGAUCUGCAGGAGUCCACAUUGAACAGUCUGUGCAUCAACAGUGAGUUGAAGAACAAACUGCAGGACGUCCUGAUUCCAGAGAGACUCCUGACUCUGGGACACAUGCUGGGGAAAGGUGAAUUUGGCUCCGUGCGUGAAGCUAUCCUGAAGACUGAGGACUCGUCUGUGCAGAAAGUGGCAGUCAAAGUGCUGAAAUCGGACAUCACCUCAUCAGGGGACAUUGAACAAUGUCUGAAGGAGGCGGCCUACAUGAAGGAUUUUCACCAUCCCAACGUUAUCCAGCUCAUUGGAGUAAGUCUUCACCGGCGUCCUGGCCAGCGGCUUCCUAUCCCAAUGGUGGUUCUGCCAUUCAUGAAGCACGGCGAUCUGCACACAUUUCUGCUGCUGUCCCGUCUGGGGGACGAACCGUUUGACCUGCCUCUGCAGACUCUGGUACAGUUCAUGCUGGACAUCUCUCGGGGGAUGGAGUAUCUGAGCAGCAAGAGCAUCAUUCACAGAGACCUUGCCGCUCGAAACUGCAUGUUGGACGAGAGCAUGACGGUGUGUGUGGCAGACUUCGGCCUCUCUAAGAAGAUCUACAGUGGAGACUAUUACCGCCAGGGCUCUGUUUCCAAACUGCCCGUCAAGUGGAUAGCUUUGGAGAGUUUGGCUGAUAAUGUCUACACCACCCAGAGCGAUGUGUGGGCGUUUGGUGUGACGAUGUGGGAGAUUAUGACUCGUGGUCAGACUCCGUAUCCAGGAGUGGAAAACUCUGAGAUCUACGAGUUUCUCAUCAAAGGAGAACGACUGAAGAAACCAGCAGACUGUAGAGAUGACAUUUAUGAGAUCAUGCACAGCUGCUGGAGUCCAGUCCCAAAGUGCCGUCCCAGUUUCCAGCAACUGGUGAGUCAACUGGAGGCGCUGCAGCUCGGCCUCUCACCUUCCCCCCCUCCAAAUGGGCCUUUACUCUAUGUCAACCUGGAGGGAGACAAGAUGGAGUUGGACAGGGGAGGAGCUGUUGGAGCCAUGGGAGAAGCUCCGAGCUGGAGCAUCCCCUGGCAGCGACAGGAGGAAGAGGAAGAGGAGGAGAAGGACUGGUUGAUGGUGGGGUCUGGGCUGGCCAUAAGAGGAGACUACAGGUACAUUAUUGGUCCAUGUGGAGCCCCCACAGAGGAGGAGCGGGAGGAGGUGGGAGCAAGGGCAGAUGUGAUGGAGGAGGAGGAUGAUGUUGUAAUUAAUGUGUAACCAAUCAGAGCCUGGCUGGACACUGACUUUAUGGUCCAGAACAGCAGCAGGCAGGUGGAGACCACUUCUUCCAGUAGCUGCACUGGAUGUAGACAGAGCUGCAGCCAGCAGUCCAUUGAUCCAUGAUCAGCAGUGAUCGGUCUGUGAAUGAUUUCAGACCAUUUCCAUGCAGGAAUGGGAGCAGUUUGUGGUGUCGGGAACAGUGUGGAUACAUCGUGAUGAAGAUGGAUCAAUAACUGAACAUUUCAACAGAUGAAUGAAAGUCUCCUUAAAACUAUGGAAGCUGGGAGGAUUUAGUAUUCCCAUCAGGUUUGAAAGUCUUUAAAAACAUCAUCCAAGUACUGCUCCACUUCUGGGUUUAAAAUGACUUCAUGUGGGGGCGGCGGGUUAUCGACUAAUUGCUGCUGUGAAUAUUUACUGUAAGUGUGUGUGUGUGUGUGUGUGUGCGAGUGUGAGUGCGUGCAUGCAUGUGCUCUCAAGAUUUGUGUAGUCACAUGAUUUAGACAUGUGACUGAAUCAUUGAUUGGCUGCCUGUGAAACUGAGAAGACCUGAGCCCACAUCUGGACUCCUGCGGGAGGGCAUCAAUGAGACCUCAGAAUCCAGCUUCAGAAACAAAAUCCAUGAGAACACCAUCUAUCAGGAGGACCAGUAGGACUGAAUCAGCUGAUCAUCUGUUCACUGUCAGAAUCACUGUCUGGGAUCUGAUAUAGGUUUACUCUGCAUCAAUUCUGGGUCCUGAUAGUCCUAGUCCUGUAGAAUACCUGGAUAAUUUCUAAUCACGUUAAUCAUGUUAAAGGUGGGGAAACUCCACAGAGAACAUGUUGAGUUUACUGUCCCAUACUGAGCCACUCCAUCAGAACGUCUCCUUCAGACAGCCCCGGGGCCCUCAGAGGGGGUGUGUUCUGGUCUGGGACACCUUUUUCUGCUGGUAUGUGGACUUAAAGAAAAUCAGCUGGAUUCAUGUGAUAUACAUUAGAGUCUGAGUCCUGAUGGAUCCUCCCUUCAUCUCCUUUAGUCUGACACUGCAGCACAUCUCAUAAAGACCCGUGGCCCCUGUAGAGUGGAGGUCCUGUGUAGUGGAGAACCCCAUGAAGUGUACCUACACUGUAGUCCUCUACAGAGGCCCUUGUAGAGUGGAGGCCCUCUGUAGAGCCCACACCUGGUGAGGUGUGCAGGAAUCUCAUGUUGUGGACAUCUCUGGAACAUGUGAACAAUGUCUCAGGACUGUGUAAAAGAAGUCCUUAGACAUUGGCUGUUUUAUCUCUUUUAACUUGAAGCUAAUUACUGAUCUUGAUACUAACUAGUUUAACCGGUUUAGGUUAGUGAUGUAUGUUUCAUUGUGUUGAAAUGAAAUCGGAUGUCCUGACCUCUGUGUACAUUACUGACUCAAGAUCUGUACUGAAAGUUAUUGUGAGAAAUAAAGUGUUACUGGUGUUACUGGUCUUUGUGGAUCCAUGUUGGAGAAGCAGUUCUGCAGAGGAACAGCAUUAUUGUGCCCAUUUGAGUAGAAAUAUUCUGAAGAAUUUUAGUCUGGAUUCAGAGCUCAUCAUGGCCCAGAAACAAACCUGGUAAAAGUUAUGCUCUUCUCAUGGCCUCAGAUAAAGGACACCUGUCUUGUUAGAUCUCGAUGCAUUUGACACCAUUGAUCACAGCAUUCUGCCACAGUGGCUUAAACAUUUUAUUGAGAUGAAAGGAACUGCAUUAAGCCGGUUUAAGUAAUAUUUCCUCACACACCAGAGAAAGUCAUGGAGUUCCUCAUGCAUGCUUGUGCAUGCUCAAGAUGGGGGUCGGAUCAAAGUUCAAUGCAAUCUGUUGGUUUUCCUUAACUAGGCUAUUAUUUAUUAUGAACUGACUCAAACUGAUUUUUAUGUAAAGUGCCCUGAGAUGGCAUUGUGAAUUGGCACUAUACAAAUAAAGCUGAAUUUAAUUGAA